ACUCUCUGAAACCGCACUUAUUGCCAAAUUCUUCUACUCCUUCGAGUUGAUAGAUCCAUAUUUGAUUUGAUCGAGUCUCUUCAACGUCCAAAAUUCUACUGAGUACGAUCCAAAUAUCUUAUUAAAAACUCGCUUGACAGAACUUAAUGUGCGAUAUCGACUAGGAUGAUAACAGUUGUGCAGUUAUUCUAUAUUGGGCUUCAUUUUUAAGAUAGUAUAUGCUUCAAUAACUCGAGAAUUAUUCAAAAAUCAAUGAAAAACAAAUAGUCUUGAAACUCAAUUUAAUACCUGCCUGAGGAAUAUUGUAGGAAUUUUUCGAAAAUACUGUUCAUUGGAAAAUAUUUCUAAAGAUUGUUUUUACAAAAUCUAAUUCUACAAAAUAUGCUUUGAAUUUUUAUAUUUAUUGGGAAUAUUUUGUUAAAGAUAUAUUUAUAUCUCAAAAAGAUCUUGUAGCAUAUAAGUUAGAGGAUUUAAUUUUUAUUUUUAUUUCUUUAACUUUUAUUUUAUAUUAUUUAUUUUUUUUUUAUUUUUUCAUUGUUGGUAUUCUUGUUUAAAUUUAAGUUAAUAUUUUUUAUUUAUAUAUAUUUAUUUUUUUUUCUUCUUAUUUUGUUGUCUUUUUAUUUCGCUUAUAAUCUUUUUUAUUGUUUGUAUUUUCGUUUUAAUUAUGUAUUAAUAAUUUUUUGUUUUUUUUGAAAGACGCUAUAUAAAAAACGGUUUUUCUUAAUAAGUUGGCUAAUAUUCAUAAAUAUUUAUGAUGAUAAUAAAAUCAAAAAAGUGAAAGCAAAGUUUUUAUAUGAUUUAUUUUUUAAACAAUUAACAAAAAUAAAAAAAUGAUCACCCCUCAUGUGACUACACAACCGUUAUAUUAUCAACAAUGUGUUAACGAUUUUCAAAUCACGCUGUGAGAAUUCAACAAGCACGACAGUGCAAACCGUCUGAUUUGCCAAUUUAGUAUGCACAACAAAGCAGCAACAACAAUAAACAUUAACAAUUUUCUCUUACUUUCACAAUUUGAAAAUCUGUAGUGCUUUUAUACAAAUGCUUGGUUUGCACAAAUAGAUCAUGGAAUCUAAUAAAUUAUGCAAAAAGUUAACAAUUACAAAAACAAGAGCAAACAUAGUAAAUACAACAACAACAACGAAUCGAUUACGUGUGAAAAUAAAAAGUCAACAAUUUGAAAAAUUACACAAAAUUUUACGAACAACUACGAAUUGAAAACGAGCAAAAAACAAAAAGCGAAAAAAGGUACCAUAUUUGGAAAAAUUAAAAAAUAAGUUAAGAAGCAAACAUCAACAAAAACCAAACCAAAGAUAAACGAAGUGUAUAUAUAAAACAAAAUAAAAAUUAAAUACAAAUUCAAAACUAAACAAACUGUGUAAAUAAAUUAUUACAACAAUAAAUUAAAAGCAGCAACAACAACACAGCACGCCAAACCAAUUACACCCGAACUAAAACACUUGAUUAAACGACGAAGCAAACAAUAAUAACGCGACAGCUUAAAAAUAAAAUAACCAACAACAACGAAUCAUCAACCAAAUUUCACUUGACAACCAGCUGCGGUGCUGUGACUAUGUCCGAAACCGAGUUGUAUGAAAGUAAAGGCAAUUCCGAAUCCUUCCUGCAAUAUGGUAAUGAGAAACCGCCGCCGAUUGUUGUUGUUGUCGGCGAUGGUCGCAGCCGAGUGCGACGUGUGGUGCGCACGGCGACACGUCACGUGACUGUUGUCAGUUACUCGACACGACACAAAGAAACGCGCACCCAUACAUCGCAUCACGUGACAACAGUGAGUUUCCCACAAAAAUCCAUCGAGCGUAGCGGUUCCACCCAAUAUGACAUUGCUGCACCGCCGGGCUCCACAACGUCCGGUUCCACAAUGUCAACGGAUUGUGGUGGUUAUGUUUAUCUGCAACAACACUAUAUACCCUCGAGCUCUUCCAGCGCUGCUAUAAAUUAUCCCGUAAUGCCACAAUCGCACAUGAUUUACCAGCAACAUCAUCCACAGCAGCAACAACAACAAUAUACAAAUUCGUGCCAUCAACAGCAAAUCGCACAUCAGUCAGCAGCCGCAGCAGCAGCGGGAUCCGGUGGCAUGCAUCAUGGCCAACAUGUGAGCUUACAUCACCAGCAUCAUCAUCACCAUCUACUGCAUGGCCAUCAUCAUCAUCACGGUGGCGCCGUUGUGAUUGCCGGCAGCGGUGUUGGCACCGGCGGUGCGGUUGGUGUGGCUGGUAGCGGCGGUCCCGGCAGCACUUCGCCAUCGGCCAUGCAGCAAAAUAUGCAUAAGAAGAAUUCCAUACGUAAUGGCAGCGAUGUGCUGAAGCGUGCACGUGCGCAGACAGCAUACGAGCUCUCACAAGAUUUGUUGGAGAAACAAAUUGAACUAUUGGAGCGUAAGUACGGCGGCGUGCGCGCGCGUAAUGCAGCCGUAACGAUACAGCGCGCCUUCCGCCACUAUAUGAUGGUGAAAAAGUUCGCCUCAAUUACCGCUAUGGCCAAAGCUGAGAAACGUCUUAGCCGCCGCGUACUUAUUGUAUCUGGUGGCGCUUGUGGUGCUGGUGCCGUAGUUGGCGGUGUCGAAGAUGGCCCUGCCUCCAAUUCGUCAUUGUCCUCAGCAUAUGGCAGCGCAACUGAAUCUCAGCUGGAUAUGAUGCAUCAGCAGCAACAACAGCAAUUACAAGCACCGGGCACUACGUCGCCGUAUGCCAACCAACAGUCACAAACACAACAACAGCAGCAGCAGCCGCGUGUUACCAUUUUGGCUGGUCCACCCGGCAGUGUGGUGGGCGCCACAUCGGUGCCAAUUGUGUCGUCGAGUGCCAUGUCAGCGCGCACACCGCCCACUCGUUCGCUGUCGAUGCGCGAGCGCCGACAACAGGAUGGCAGUCCCAUACCGCGUAGUCAGUCAGGCGCCUCAUCGGUUCCCAUUGGUGGCGGUGGCGGUUCCUCCGCAUCUUCUACAUCUUCCGGCGGCACACUCGGUUCGGCCACACACCCACACGUCAACCUGCUACAUGCCACCGAGCCACAUUUCUACGGCAGUCAGCAUCUGGCCACACAUUACUAUCAUGUCCCACCACACGAGGCCAGUUAUGCCAGCUCGGCGAACAAUUCACACUUGGACAGCUCGUUGAAUACCUCGUGGGCGAGCGUAGCCAGUGGCACAUCGCCACACACACCCUACUAUUCGGCGGCACAAAUUUACAUGCGACCCAAAGGCGCGCCCGGCAGCACAUCAGCCGAGCGCAAGAAAGUGCCACCCGAAGUGCCGAAGCGCACCUCCUCCAUAGCAGCACAACAGCAUGCACAGCAUCUGGCAGCACAGCAACAACAUCAACACAUGCUAAUGAUGCGCCAGACACCACCACCACCGUCACUAUUACGCUCUAAUGGACUAUGCAAAAGCGCCGAGAAUGGCAGUCUCACAUCCGUGCAGAGUUCGGGCAGCGAUUCAAGCGUCACAUCAGCCGAUCGCAUCGCUGUCAACAGUGAUAUUGGUUCGGAUCGUUCGAAUUCGCCACAAACGUGGAAGCGUAACACGGCGCUAUCAAGUUCACAACAAUUCGUGCAUAACAACGAUGCGGGCGCGGUGGCAUUUAGUCUGGCACAGGCACAGGCUGCUGGUAUGGUGACCGACGGACGUGGUGGUGGCAGUGUUGUUGGCGCGGCCAAUACGUCCGAUGAUCAUGCCGUCUCGUCACACACAACUGCAGCGCAGUAUGAGCAGCACGAACAGCAACAGGAUCAUCACUUGAAUGCGGCGGCGCCGUUGCAGAAUUACAAGGUUUCAGAGACGAUACGCAAGCGUCAGUACCGCGUCGGUUUGAACCUGUUCAAUAAGAAACCGGAGAAGGGCAUCACUUAUUUGAUACGGCGCGGCUUCCUCGAGAAUACGCCACAAGGCGUGGCGCGCUUCCUUAUCUCACGUAAGGGUUUGUCGCGUCAGAUGAUCGGCGAGUAUUUGGGCAAUUUGCAGAACCAAUUCAAUAUGGCGGUGUUGAACUGCUUCGCUUUGGAGCUGGAUCUGUCCGGUAUGCAGGUUGAUGUGGCGUUGCGCAAGUUCCAGGCGUACUUCCGCAUGCCGGGCGAAGCGCAAAAGAUCGAGCGGCUAAUGGAGGUGUUCUCCCAGCGCUUCUGCCAGUGUAACCAAGAUAUUGUUGGACGUUUAAGAUCUUCAGAUACGAUCUUCGUACUGGCUUUUGCCAUCAUCAUGCUGAACACCGACUUACACACACCCAACCUCAAACCGGAGCGUCGCAUGCGCGUUGAAGACUUCAUCAAGAAUCUGCGCGGCAUUGACGAUUGCCAUGACAUCGAGAAGGAUAUGCUUGCUGGCAUUUACGAGCGCGUCAAGGCUAAUGAAUUCAAACCCGGCAGUGAUCAUGUAACGCAAGUGAUGAAGGUGCAAGCCACAAUUGUGGGUAAGAAACCCAAUUUGGCAUUACCGCAUCGGCGGCUCGUUUGCUAUUGUCGCCUCUAUGAAAUACCCGACGUCAAUAAGAAAGAACGACCUGGUGUGCAUCAACGCGAAGUUUUCCUCUUCAACGAUUUGCUAGUGAUAACCAAGAUAUUCAGCAAGAAGAAGUCCUCCGUAACUUAUACGUUCCGUAACAGCUUCCCACUAUGCGGCAUGGUGGUAACACUACUCGACGUGGCCAAUUAUCCAUUUUGCAUACAACUGUCACAAAAGGUCGACGGCAAAAUUUUGAUCACAUUCAAUGCGCGCAACGAGCACGAUCGCUGCAAGUUUGCCGAGGAUCUUAAGGAGUCCAUCAGUGAGAUGGAUGAGAUGGAGGCGCUACGCAUCGAAGCCGAAUUGGAGCGCCAGAAGUCGGCGCGCAAUCGUACAGCGGGGAGUUCUGAGAACCGUGAUAGUGGCGUAGCCGACGUAGAGGUAGGCGCAUAUCAGGCAACGCCCGCCGGCGAACUUGCACCGAACGCAAACGAUCCAGCGCAACAACUGAAACGUAGCGCGCUCAGCAACAGUCUGCUCGACAUGCAUGAGCAAUUUGGCAACGAGAAGCCGCAACGGCGUGGCAGCGUCGGUUCUUUGGACAGCGGCAUGUCCAUCUCCUUUCAAUCGACCACCACAAGCAGCGCCUCACGUGAGAAUGCUGCCGUUAUUGCAGCAGCCGCUAAUGCCGCCGCGGCCAAAAUGCGUUUCAAUUUACCCGCCGGCGGAGCAGUCGCUAUGGGCGGCAAUGUAGGCGCCACGGUCGUAUAUCCGAAUACAGUCGGCACCUAUGCACAUGCGACCGCGGGAUUUGUCAGUCAACCGCAUGCUAUACUUAUGCAACAACAAUUGGUGGCACAACAGCAGCAGCAACAACAACAACAUCUACAAAACUUGCAACAACAACCGCAGCAAGCAGCGCUGUUGCUACAGCAGCAACAACAACAAGCGCAUGCAGCAAUGCAAGGUUCAAUUACGGGACGUGUGCCGGGUAGCGGACGCGAGCGCAAAUUAUCGCGCUCCGAUGAGACCGGCCGCUCCACCGAAGUGUGAACAGUGAGAGAGUAACGCCGCUUGCAGGAUUACAAGGAAUAGCUGUAUGUGCUUUAGGGGAAGAAGGAAAUUUUUGUAAAUUUGUAUGUGUGUGUAAAGUAUUACCGAAAGAGUUCAAUUUUUUAGUUAAGCUUAACGAAAGCGAAAGAAAGCUUCCGUUAUGUUUGUUCGGUUUUCGCUUUGUGAAUCGGUGAAGCAGCUAUGUGGCAUAUUUAAUAAAGUAAAGGCGCAAAACAUUUUAUUUUGUAAAAUUAAAUUUAGUUUAGUAUCAGAUUAAUUGUUGGGUUUGAGGUUAUGUCCGCGAAUCAAACUGUUAACUUAAGUUAAUAAGUCAAUUUAUAUUGUUAACUGCUAAUACAAAAACAACAAUAUAAAUUAACAAAUUAAAUAUGAUUUGAAAAAUAAAACUUAACUUUGUAGUAAAUACAACAACAAUACCUUAAAUACUGUUUUAAAGCGGUUUAAAACCAAUUCAUGUUUAAUUUUAAAUAGUUUUAUGAGCUAUAAUGACUUUAUUUGUAAUUAAAAAAAUAUAUAUAUUAACGAAAAUUUAAAUAAUUAAUAUAAAUUGUUUCAGCGUGUUUUACGAUUUAUUGAUAACUAUUUAUAUUAUAUAUAUAUAUUUUUUUUUUUUGCGAAAGUCUAAUUAAAAUGAAAAGAAUUUAAUUUCGAUUCAAUAAUAUUUAAUAAAAUCGAAAUAAAGUAACCUUAUUGUUGAUGCCGAAAAAGUAUUUUAGGUUUCAAAUUAAUAAUUUAGAUUCAAAAAAGAGUUGUAAUUGCAACUUUUUACUUAUUAAAUCCAAUUGGAAAUUUAUUUGGAUUUUAAUAAUUUAAAGCAUUUUGGUUUUCACAUUAAUAAUUACGAUUCUAAAAAGAGUUGAAGUUACAACUUUUUUACGUUUCACAAAGUUUCUAAAAAUGUAUUUGUGUUCUAAAAUAUGGAUUUGAAACCUUGAAAUUACUUGUAAAUUUUGGAAAAUUUUAAAUUGGGUUUAAACUUUGGUUUGUUGAACUUUUUUAUUAUUUUUGUUUUAGUUUAUGUUGAUUUUUUUUUUAUUAUUCCUGUUUUAGUUUCUGUUGAUUUUUUUUUCAUUAUUCCUGUUUUGAUUUUUAGUUUACCUUUUUUAAUAUUGUUGAAUUUUUUUUUUUUUAUUAAAAGAUAAUUUUUACAUUUGUUAUUUCACAUAAAUUCAAUCUUUAUUUUAUUAUUAUUCACAUAAGUUUCAAUGAACUAAGAAGUUAAUUUUGUUAUCAAAAUGUGUAUAAAACAUAAUUGAAACUGAUGUUAAUUUCUCUUAAAAUCAUUUAAAUAAUUUGUUUCAAAAUACAAACGUUUUGCGCUCGCGCUUCGUAUAAAUUGCCGCUUAUACCAUUUUUUAAGAUAAAUUUAAAUUAAUUUAAAAAAAUAGAUAUUAAAUAAAAGUUUUGUUUUGUAUUUACUAUUAAACACACCAAACAUUUUUGCUUCCUGUACAUACAGCAAAUGUUUUUUUUUAUUAACAUUCGGUUCGGGUGACUGCUGGACGUUCAAAAAAAAAUAUAAUUAUUUGCCAAAAACACAAAAAUGCAAAAUUGUUAGUCAUACAUAUGUAUAUCGCGCUGUAUGACACAACACUUUAAUUUGUAUAUAUCAAACAAAGUAGGCGUGGCUCUACUACACUUACUGCAUUAUGCUGCAACGCUGACAGCUAAUAAAGUUCACUUAUUUUUGUAUAUUUUUAUGCUCGUUGAUUUAUUAUUUUAUGCGCAUACAUAUGGAUGUAUUUGCGCGUCUAUGUAUGUAUAUGUAUAUGUUAUGUUAUUGCUAUUUUUUGAAUUAUUAAACUUACUUAUAUGCGUAUUAUUUAUUUGUACAUUAACAAUACAAAACACAACAACAAAAUAUAUAAAAAAAAAUGAGUAAACGAAAAGUCAAAAUUACAACAACAAAAUAUGAAAAAUACAUAGUAACAACAAUAUUAAUGAAUAUUAGCGUUAGUCCGGUACAGAUCCAAAUAUUACCAGCAUAUAAACCAUAAAAAAACUAAACUUAUUCAUAAAUGUUUUUUUUGUAUUUUAAGUAUACAAUAGCUUUUUUUUCGAAACUAAAAAUAUUAUAUUUGUACAAAGCGCUUGUUAAGUACUGCGUUUUGUCUUAAACAAUAAAUAAUUUAAAUAUGAAUUAAAUAAUUAAAUUUAGCUUAAAAGUCUUACUGCACUAGCUACAUACAUACAUAAAUAUAUAUAUUUCUAAUACAAAAAUAUUAACAAUUAUAUGAGUAUAAAUAUGUACAUAUAUGUAUACAUAUAUAUAAUGAUUCUAGUAGCGAAUAGGGAAAAUUGUAUGAAAGCAUUAAAAGCAAGCGUAUAUGAAAACAAAAGCAAAAAAAAAACACAAAAACAAUAAAUAAAAUAUAUAUUAACCGUAAUAAUUCGAAGCUAAUGAUUGCAUUUUAUUAAGAGACUCGCUCUAACUCUUUCUCACACACACAUAUAUAUAUAUAUAUAUAUAUAUACACGUACAAGUCAACUUCGAUUAAUGUUCCUUUUUCCAGUAUGAAUUCAUAUAUUCAUAAAAUAAACUUAAAAAACUAUAAAUAAAUCAAACGUUUUUUCAAUUUUUUUUUGUACAUAGUUAUAUAAAUACAUACACACAAACAAAAACAAAGUCACAUGCACGCGACUGCUUCGCACGAGCAUGUGCUCUUUGAUUGAUUAUUUAAACUCAACGUAAAAACUGCAAAAAUUAAAAUUAAAAACAAAAACAAAAACAAAUAAUGUUGUUGUAACUAAACUCAUCGUACUCUAUUGCGUUCGCUGCUAUCUACCACUUAUCGCCCGUAUUUAUGUACAUAUGAACAAAUCAUUAUUUAACAUUAUUAGUAAACAAUGAACUUGUGUGAAAAGUAAACACACAAGAAAACAAAAUUUAAAAAAACUACGAUCAAAGAAUAACAUGACUAAAAAAUUAAAAGUAAAAUAAAAGAAUUCUGGAAUGACUAACAAUUACUGGCAAA